GUGGAUGGGAGGCGUGGCCAGCGGAAGCCACGCCCCCGUGUGCCGGCAGUGACGCGGCGUGGGUCGAGUGACCUUCAGAGGCGGCGGCGGCAGCGCAAGGGCCGCGUUCACCCGUUUUAUUUCCUUUUUCCCAGCUCAGCGAACCUCUCUCGCCGCGAUGCCGAGGGGCGGCCGGAGCCGCACGUCCCGCGUGGCGCCCCCCGCCAGUCGGGCACCACCGAUGAGAGCUGCAUCACCAGCGCCCGUCCCGGCGGCGGCACCACCCUCUGCUGUGGCUGCUCCUGCCCCGAAGCAGCCUGGCCUGAUGGCACAGAUGGCGACAACUGCUGCCGGAGUCGCUGUAGGCUCUGCUGUAGGCCAUACCAUAGGUCAUGCGCUUACCGGGGGAUUCGGUGGAGGAAGCAGCUCUGAGCCUGCGAGGCCUGAUAUUACUUAUCAGGAGCCCCAGGCAGCUCAGCCUGCCUACCAGCAGCAGGCACAGUUUGCUCCUUGCCAGUAUGAAAUGAAACAAUUCCUGGAGUGCGCGCAGAACCAGACUGACCUCAAACUGUGCGAGGGCUUCAGUGAAGUACUGAAGCAGUGCAGGUUUGCUAAUGGUUUAGCCUAAGCCUUCAGAACAAGGCUGCUGAAGACCAUCUUACAAGAACUGACCUGUGAAUGAAAAAAAGCUUCAGUAAUAAAGUCUGAUACCUUGUUAGUUCACAUAUUCACGCUAUUGUCCUCGUGGCUUGACGCCUGCUGUAGCCGCUACAGAUGUGAUAAAACUUACAACAGCAAAUUAACUUCGCACAAAAUGAAAGAAUGAACAAUAAAGUGGAAUGAGCUAAUUGGGGUUAACCCGUUUGGUGAUUGUGUUGAAUGUAUGUGAUAUGGUGUCUAAAUAAACUUCUCUCUCUAGAA